UCUUGCUUAGUGCUUUCCUUCAAAUUAUAAUACAACAAAAAAAAAUCGAAAGAAAAAUAGUAUUAACCUGAAAUUUGUAUAGUUGCUGGCCAUGGUUGUCCUGGACAUGAUCUACGCCAGACUUAACCUCUGGCUGAGGCGUCGCUACCUCAGGGUGAUCAUCACCUUCGUGAUCCUUGUUCUGGUUACCUUUGUCCUGGACAUGUGCUUUUUGUUCUUCCAACGUGACCUUAUCUUCUGGCGAGACUUGGUAGUGGAAAUCCUGGAGGAUUGUUUUCUGCUACCAGCCAUCAUGAUUAGUAUCUCGGUGGUCGUCAAGUCCUUGGUGGUGGCUACCCUUGUGGCUGAUCACUUCUUUCCCCACCAGUGGCUGCAGUCUCGUCUCGAGCGGCAUCGUCGCCAGAAGUUUGCAAACUUCAUUGUGCGUCGCCUGCUUUUUCAACUGGAAUUGGCCAAACGGCGGUUGCCCCAACCCAGAGUACAUCUCGAUCUGACCGAUGUGGUGAUCCAGCAAAAUUACGAGCAGGUCCAUAUGGUCGCCCAUCGAGCGGUGGAAAUCUUCCGGCGGGACGCUAUGUCGUUACUGGAACAGAAGUCCUCCAAUUCCAGUGGGGAACCGCGUUACUUUGUGCUCGAGGAGGAGGAGCAGGCUCUCCGGCGGAAUGGCUUUGCCAGGAUUAAUUUACGGGUCACCAAUCAGGUACUACGACAGCUUCUCAGUCCGCUGGAGAAAGAACCAAGUGCCAUCCAGUAGUCUAAAUCAUGUUCAUACCCAAAUUUGCAGUUGCACCUGUUUCAAAACACCCUAACUUUACGGAAAACUCUAAAUUUAC